AUGUUGACGACGGCAGCAAUUACUACAGCAGGUGUCGCUCUUAUUGCUGUGUCUCUACGACUCAUCACACGCAUAUCCCCGUUCUCUGUAAAAUGGGGUGCGGAUGAUUGGGUGGUGACCGGUAUCGCGCCGGUUGCAGCGUGUCAGCUUAUGUUCAUACUAGCAAUGGUGUACUACGGCUUUGGACAGGACAUCUACAUGCUGUCGCCUGCUGCGAUCUCGAAUGCUGCAAAGUUCUGGUACUUCAGUGAAUUGGCUUUCGUCAUACUCACUUUCUCCACCAAGAUAGCCAUUCUCUGUUUCUACCUCCGCCUUUUCCCGACGGGGGAGAUUCGAAACGUUACCUACCUGCUGAUCAGCGUAUGCGUAACAGCCAUGGUAUCAAUAUUCUUCGCUCACCUGUUCCAAUGCUGGCCAAUAUCCUAUCGCUGGCGCAUGUACUUGGGUGACGACGCAAUGUAUUCGGAAACCCCGCCGACGUGUAGAGUGGACAGACAAGGCCUGAACUUCGCCUUUAGCAUCCUCAAUCUCGUCAUCGAAGUCGUCAUAGUCUCUCUACCUAUUCCGAAGCUUCUCAAGCUGCAGUUACAAUGGUGGAAGAAGAUCGAAGUCGUGUCUGUCUUCGCGUUUGGGUUCAUCGAGCAGAAUUACUAUCAUCGCCAUCACGCGACUCUCGAUCACGCUUACAGCGAGUUAUUCUUCGAACUUCACAUGUAA